GUUCAUUAUUUUUUUCUUUUUCUUCUUUUUCUCUUUCGCUCUUUAUUACAUCAUAAUGGAAUGGAGUUAGUUACAUCAUCAAUUAACAAAAUAUGAAUAAUAAAACAUUUUUGGAAUUUAUCACUGAGUGUAAAACUCUCUCCCCCACCCCCCCAAGAAAAACACAAUGAAUAGUUGCUAAGAUAUUGAAAAAACAUAAAGUCUUCGUCGUCGGUUAGAAGCAAAGACGGAACAAAGGAAACAUAGAAUCUAUUACCUCUAUUCGGUAUAAACGUGAAUGAAAUUAUGAUUUCAUUGAUUCAUAUUGGAGAAAAUUUAUUAUCAUUCAUUUUAUUCAUUCAAUUCUAUGGAACUUAUGGUGAAAUUGAAAUAUCACAGAAUCAUCAACAUGUUAAUAUUACAUCUAUUCAUACUACUAAUAAUGAUACAUUAUGGUCUAUUCAAAGAUUGAAUCCAAAAGAUGAUCAUCAUCCUAUUAACCAUGAACAAUGGCAUUUUCAUUUUGAUAUGUUUAUUAUUAUCUUUUUAGCAUUCAGUUCAUUUUGUACAAAUAUUGGUUUAUUAUAUUUAGAUCGACGUGCUAAACCAUCAAUUCCAACAAAUAAUUCAAGUUUUUCUAAUCAUUUCAUAACUAUUACCACUACUAAUACUACUAAUAACAAUACUACUAGUAGUAAUAACCUUCCUAUGCAUAAUAAUACUAAUAAUCUACAAUGUCUAUCAUUCAAUUCUCUGUUGAAGAAAUGGUCGAAUAAAAGAAAUUCUCAUAGAUAUAAUGGUUUACUAUCUAAUCAAUCAACCAUAGUAACAAUACCGAAUGAAACUAUAAACAGAACAACCAAACCAACCAGCACCACCACCACCACCACAACAACAACACGUUCUUUCUCUUUAUCAAGUCCUCCAUUAAAUAAAUAUCCAUCAUCCAUUAGUUUGAUCAAAUUAAACCAAACCAAUCAAUUCUAUCAUCAUCAUCAUCAUCAUGGAUCCAUACAAUAUCAUACACCACGUGGUCGACGACAACGUCGUUAUUUAAGAGGUUUAUUUGGUUUAUCUAUAAGUAAUUUAAGUUUAUCAUUAUGUUUAUUAAGUUGGUGUAUAUGUCAAAUGAUUAUGUAUAAUAUUGAUAAACAGAAAUAUUAUAUAUUAAAUGUAUGGUUAACUAUUAUAGCAUUUAUUAAUUUAUGGACAAUAGAUAUUGCACAAACAUUAGAAAUUGGUGCUAUUUUAUGGAUUGCAUUAGAACGUACACUUGGGAUACAUUGGCCUAGUGAAAUACAAACCAUAAAUAAUAAUAAUAAUAAUAAUAAUAAUAAUAAUAAUAGUACAGGGAAUAAAACAACUUGUAACCAUGGUAACAACAUCGUUACCAACACUUCAAUGAAAUCUAAUCCACCCCAAUAUAAAUUUAAAUUUUUUAAAAAUAGAAUCAAAAAUUAUUUCAAUUAUGAUGAUAUAAUAUGUAAUCAAUUUAAUAAAAUGAAAAAAAAUCAAUCAUCAAUUAAUUCAAAUAAAAAAAUCAAUCAUGAAAAAUAUAAAAUUUUUUUAUGGUUUUUACGUGUUUUAUUAUGUUUAUUACCAUUUAUAUUAUUUAUAUUAGCAUCAUUAUAUAGUUUAAAUAAUAUUAUACAAUAUAUUAAAAAACAUAAAUUAUUAUUAUAUAAUAAUCAAUAUAAUCUGAUUGAUAUUAAUAUUGAACAGUUACCAUGGCAACAACAACAACGACAGCAACAACCACCACCACCACCACAACAACAACAAAUGGAUAUGAUUACAAAUUUUGAAACUACUUAUAUUAUACAUAAUAAUAGUAGUAUAAAUGAUAGUUAUAUAAAAUAUUUUAAUUCAUUAAUAGUAUAUAAUUAUUAUUAUUAUACAUAUAUUACUAAUCAUAAUAAUUUUAUAAAAAAACAUAUAUCAUUAUUACAUAAUAUACAUAUGAAAUAUCAAAUCUAUAUGUAUUAUACUAGUUCUAUUAUACCAGCAUUAAUUAUUGGACAAUUUAUAGCACCAUUAAUGAUAUUAAUCACAACAAAUUUAUUGAUUUAUCAAAAAGUAUCAUCAAGAGAUAAACGAUUCUUCUCUAGACAAUCCAGUAAUACUAGUAAAUCAUCAUUUAUAUCUGGUACAUCUAUUUCAUCUAUAAAUUCACCAACUAAACGAAAGUUAACUACAACAACAAUUAAUUUUCCUAUACCAUUAUUACGUGUACUUGAAAGUAGUAAUCAAGAUAUAAGAAUCAAUCUUGACGAUGAUAAUCUCAAUACUACUCAUAAUACUACUAAUAAUCCAUCUAUGGAACAUCAUACAAUAAUCCAUAAACCUUUAACUGAUCAAUUAGAUACUAACCAUUUAAUAUCCAAUAGAAAAGAACAAAAACAAAAUACACUUUUAGUUCCUUUCAUUGAUUUAAAUGAAAAUAGUUUUCAAUAUUCAUCUAUUAAAAAUUUAUCAAAUACUACCAAUACUACUCAUUCAUUAUUACAUAAUCAUCAUCAUCAUAAUAAUAAUAAUAGUAGUAGUAUUGAUAAUAAACAAAAAUAUUUAUUCAAUGAACGUAGAAAUAGUAUUUCUGUAAUUCAACCAACAAUAUCAUCAUAUAAUGAAUAUUAUGAAAAUCAUUCCAAAGUAACAUUGAUUUCGAAUACAUUUUCUAGUAUGGUUAAUGAUACUACUAAUAAUGAUACUAAUCAUACAUCUAAAUGUACAACAUCAACUGAAACAUCAUCAUCAUCUACUACUACUAUGUAUACUAUUCAAAAACGUCGUAAAAGUACUAAUGAUCUAUUUAAUUCAUUAUUUCAAUCACGUAAUCAAGAUUUAAUUAAUACACGUUCUACUGAUGAAUCUAUACUUAUUCAAGCAUUAAGACGACAACAUAGACGUACAUUACGUAUAUUAAUUAUAUUAUUAUUAAUAUUUAUUAUAUGUCGUGGACCAAGAUCAUUUAUAUUAAUUAUUGAAUGGUUACAAUAUGAAUCUAAUUUAUAUACAUGGUUACAAUAUACAAGUAUAUUUUCUUAUACAAGUGCAAUAUUAGAUACAAUUAUCUAUGGAUUUUGGGGGAAUCGAGCUUAUCGUUUAUAUAUGAAAAAUUUAUUACAUCAAUGUACUUUAUAUAAAUAUUGUAUUAGAUAAUGAUUUGAUGAUAAGAACCUCCCCCCCCCUUCCCCCCCCUAUCUUCAUUAUAUAAUAGAUUGCAUAUUCUAAUCUCUUGGAUACGAUUUGUCAAGAUCUUUUGAUAAGCUUUAAAAACGAAAUCUGACGAGCCUAAUUCAAACAAUUAUGUCAUAAUAUAAUGAUAAUAUCUUGUUCAUUCAAUUGAAUGUAUGUAAAUAUCUACCAUUACCUAUCAACUAAUUAAAUCUUUAUAAUACCUUUUCCCUUCCCCCCUUUCACUCUAACCACCUCCCCCCUUUCCCCCCACAGGUUUGAAAGUAUUCAUGAUACUGUAAAAUGUCACAUUACAGUACAAUUUCUAAAGUUAUUUAUACUAUUAUUAUUAUUACUAUUACAAGCCAGAACAUAGACAUUUAAACACCUAUGUGUUGAAUAGAAAUGAAAAAAUAAAUGUCUCUUUUCUUUCUUUCUUUCUUUCUUUCGUUCUUUCUUUCUUUCAUGUUUCUUUAUUGAAGUGUAAUACAUUGAUUGAUUGAUUGAUUGAAUGUUUUUUGUUUCUA